GGCCCCAGGAAAAUUUUCCCUCAAUAUAAACCCUAAUGACUUUCACUCUGUUACACACACAUUUGAGCAUAAUUUAGAAAAAUCUAGAAAAAAUGAGUCCUCUCCGUGUUUCACUUUUAUUUCUCCUGGGAUUGUUUUCAGGAUGCCAGGCGGCGAAUCCUUCUUGUCAGACGGUGUACCAGGAAGGAAUGUCAAAAUGCUUCAGCGAUAUUUUCCAGAAGCCGUCGGAUAAUGUAAUUGCUGUUCUGAUAGAAGACCGUCAAAACCCGGAGAUCGAAGAUACAAUUUGCAGCAACAAAGCGAAGAUUGUGUCGUGCGUGGAUGGCAUGACCGCAGAAGUUUCCAAGAGACCAGCCUGUAAAGAUCCAAUGUCCAAGAUCGGAAUAGCUUAUUUCACUACCGGUUUCACAAACAAGAUGGCUACUCUGUGUGGUAAAGGGACACAGCCAAAAUCGAUUAACCAUUAAAUCAUGGAACAUAUAAGCUUCGAGAAGAAAUGGAACAACCGAAAUUGUCGUUACCAAAACCAUCUAAUACACGCCCGAAUUACUUUCUAUUUUGACGUUCCCUAGUUUCACAGGUUCAACUUACACCCAAGCUUUUGUUUGUUUUGAUCAUUUUUUUUAAACAAUCAUUAAAAGGAUACUUUUAUUUCUAAAA